AGCAUAGCCGUCCUCAAGGGGUGCGACGUGUUGUUGGCUUCCCAGUAUCUCCCGCCUGGCAGCCAUGGCGCAGACUCGGGCUCCGGUUCGGGCUCUUCCAGUGGUGCUGCUGCUUACGGCUCUGUGGACCAGCUACAAUGCCACCCUGCUGUUCGUGGGCCAGGGCUCCUCGGGCAACGUUCGCCGCACCCUGGUGCCCAUGGAGGCGAAGAAGGCCAUCGCCAAGUCCGAGCUUCCGAAGGAGGCGCUGGCGCUGCCGUGGAUGGAGAAGCUCGACAUUCAGACUGGUUCCUUCAGCUUCAGCGAGGGCGCAGAGAACAAGGUGCAGAUCAUCACGCCCAUGGGCUCCUCUGACGACAUCAAGGCCUGGGCUUCCCUGGCGCCCAACUUCUUCUUCGCGCUCAUCUUCUUCACGGCGGGAGGGUGCAUCGAGUCGUGCCGCUUCUUCCCGGACGCCCUGACCUUCUGAAGGGCCUCGCAGCCGUGGCGGAGGGCGUGAUCACGGAGGCCGAUUCUACUCGCGCGUGUGCUCUCUGGCCCGAGUAGGAGAUAGACUACAGAAUCGAUGUGCCCAAGACUGGAUGGCUUUGUAUCAUCUGCACGGGACAUACGUGGAAUGCUCUGUACAUGCACGGAACAUUCUGUCCAUUUUCGGCAGAUUCGACGAACACAAG